AUGACUCUGGGUGCGCCUGGCACGCUCAAAGCUCUCCUCCUUUCGAUGCUCUUCGCGACGGCUCCAGCGGACUUUAAUGGCAAGUACGUCAUCAAGAGCGCGGGAAGCGGUCGGAGCCAUGCCUGCGGCUACUGCGCUGAAGCUUCUUCGCCAUGGGCUCUCAGGAGGCUGGGGAACAGCGGGCUCGGAUUCUUCGCAACGGCCUAUGGGGCCAUCACCGAGGAGCACAUGUGGAGAAUCCAUGACGAGGGGAACAACAGCUUUAGCUUGAGCAACGUCGUUUCUGGCAGCCGGAUUCUGGCACAGAGCGGUUUCGAAGGUGCACAAGGCUUCUUCGCAGUGGCUGAUGGUCCCGUCUACCAGAUUGGAACGAGCCGUUUUUUUCCGAGCGCUCCGUUCUUCGUACUUCAGUUUUGCCGAGCCAUGCUGGUUUCGACACCGAGGGUUGCUCCCGACGUCCCACGCUGGGAGUUCCAGGUCCAGCCACCAGAAAUGUGGAUGCAAUAUCCGGCAGACGCCAAUCGCUGCCUGGAGGAGGCGUUCCAAGCUUUGGAGUCUUCAUGCACUGUACACAUCCACCAGUACGAGUACAUCAUCAACUUCACAGAGAUGCUUCAAACGAAUCGGCAGACAGGCAAGGCCAGGACAAUUCGAAGAACAGAAGUCGCAGGUGGGCAUGCUGCACAUCCGCAGCCGGACGUCCCGCAGAACGACUCUCACUGGGAAGAGAUAAAGUCCUUGAGCGAAUUGAAGGAGCGUCUGGAGGUGCAGUUGGCUCAGGAUCAGAGGUCCCACCAGGGGGAAGUCAAAGCCCUGCAGGAUGAGAUUUGCCGCUUGACUAGCAGAUUGGAAGAUGAGCAUGCUCGGCACCUCGCUGCGGCUUCAGAGCUGCAGCAAGUCAAGGACAUGCGACGGAAGAUGAUGUUACAGAUGGGGCGCCAAGCCAUUACACGACGACCAGAUGGUUCGACGUCGGCCGUGAGCUUGCGAGAGCUGACGCCUGAGGCGGAGGAUAGUGAUUGGAUCGGGGAUCGGGUCAAAUAUGCGGCUCUGGAGCACAUUUUUCAAAGCUCUAUGGUCAGCCAUCGCCUUGCUCAAGGGUCGCAGCAAUGGUGUUCUCCACCCAAUGUUACAGUUACUCGGAUAGUCGAAGUCCAGAAUCCAGCCAGGCAGGGAUUGUAUGAAGCUGCGCGGCAGCAGGUCCUGCAGAGAGAUCCCAGUGGAUGUCCUGGCAUACCAAACAUCGAAGCGUUAAGUUGUGUGGAGCCGGGCGAACACCUGUUGUUCCAUGGUUGCCCUGUUCCCAAGUGCGAACCGAUAGCAAGGAGAGGUUUUGAUCCCCAGCGAGGGGGCGAAGCUGUCGGAGCGAUGUUCGGCAAGGGGACCUACUUUGCCCAGAACGCAUCGAAGUCCGACUUGUACACCACAUGCGCCUCAUGUGCAGACCAUGCAGAUUUUAAAUCUUGUUCACAUCCACAUGGGGAGCGGUGCAUUGUGGUGGCACGUGUGCUGCUCGGACAUAGCAUGCUUUCUACGCAAGAGAAGCUCUGUGGAAGAUCCAGAGCACCAGAGCGCGAGGACGGUGAGCCUUACGACUCUGUCACAGUGCAGACUACGGAGCAUGGUUGGCACGAAGAUGAGUCCAAUCCAUGCCCAUCUGACAAUUCGCCUUUCGAGGACCAGAAGUGGCAUCUGAUGAUGCAGGGCGACGGGGCCUUCGUGAUCAGCAACGCCAAGUCGGGCCGGAGAAUCUGGGCAGUGGAUGAGGCCACCCCUCCCACCACCACGGGGGAGAAGGAUGGCGGGGGCGUGAGCUUCGGGGCGUCGCCGAUGCUGGGCUCCGAGGGCCAGUCCUGGCAAGAUAUCGACGAGUCUGGCUUGCUUCGGGCGGAGCUUGCUGCAGAGCGGCGAAGCAAGUCCAUGCUGCUUUCGAAGGUGGAGGAGCGAGAUGCAAAGCUCGAAAUGUUCCGACGAGAGGCUGAGGCAGGAUGCCCCGCGGCUCCGCCGCAGUGGCACCAGCCAUCAGAUCUCGGACUGCUUGGAGCUUGGACUCGGACCUGGGGCGUCGACCAGACCCUCUCCUUGUACCUCCUCACAGGUUUGCUGGUGCUGGGCCUUUUGAACAUCCACCUCAACCUCCAGCUGCAGAAAGAGCGCGGUUCCGGGCAGAGGAAAGAGGUAGUUCCAAAGGCCCCAUCUGCAGCCGCCACAAGUCCUGAAGACCCUGGACAAGGUUUGGGCCAGGACUUCGGAUAUCACGUCCUGGACACGGAGGUCAAUGGCCAUUCAGUUCGGCUCAUCAAGAUCCAGUGCCCCGGUGUGGAGCAUGAGGAUGUCAACGUGGAGCUCCUCUUCAAUGGAUGCCAGGUGCGGCUCGCCCGUCGCGCCGCCUGCGGCAUCGCGGCGGCAGCGUGGGCGAAGCGUUUCGAGUUCCCUUCUCAGGAGGGAAUCUUCGAGUUCCGCGAGGAUCAGAUGCGCUUGGAGCACGGUGCCUUGAAUGGUUAUAGGGUUAUAGACGAAGCUGAUGAUCACGACCAUUUCACAGACGUUACCCUGGAUUUGCGGAAGGUGAACCCCAACCGAGCUCACUAG